CUUUUGCUGCAGGCUCUGAGCGGGAGGCCUGAGCUGGGAGCAUCUGCAACCAGGCGAGGUCCAGAUCGUGUGGUGCGGCGCUAUGGAGGAGCUAGAUGGCGAGCCGACAGUCACUUUGAUUCCAGGUGUGAAUUCUAACAAGAAGCAAAUGUGUUUUGACUGGGGUCCUGGAGAGAUGCUGGUAUGUGAAACCUCCUUCAACAAAAAAGAAAAAUCAGAGAAGGUCCCAGGUUGCCCUUUUAUUUAUAUUGUCCGAAAAGAUGUAGAUGUUUACUCUCAGAUUUUGAGAAAACUCUUCAAUGAAUCCCAUGGAAUCUUUGUGGGUCUCCAGAGAAUUGAAGAAGAACUAACUGGAAAAUCCAGAAAAGCUCAAUUGGUUCGAGUGAGUAAAAACUACCGAUCAGUCAUAAGAGCAUGCAUGGAGGAAAUGCACCAGGUUGCAAUUGCUGCUAAAGAUCCAGCCAGUGGCUGCCAGUUCAGUAGCCAGGUCUCCAUUUUGUCAGCAAUGGAGCUCAUUUGGAACCUGUGUGAGAUUCUUUUUAUUGAAGUAGCCCCAGCUGGUCCUCUCCUCCUUCACCUCCUAGAUUGGGUCCGACUCCAUGUGUGUGAGGUUGAUACUCUGUCUGCAGAUGUUCUGGGCAGUGAGAAUCCAAAUAAACAUGAGAGCUUCUGGAAUUUGGUGACCAUUUUGGUGCUGCAGGGCCGUCUGGAUGAGGCCCGACAGAUGCUGUCCAAGGAAGCUGAUGCUAAUCCUGCCUCUGCAGGCAUGUGCCGCAUCCUGGGGGAACUGAUGAGGACAAUGCCCAUUCUCAGUCCUGGCAACACCCAGACGCUGACAGAGCUGGAACUGAAGUGGCAGCACUGGUGUGAGGAGUGUGAGCGGCACCUACAGGAUGGCACGUUUGCUGCCAGCCCUCGUCUGGAAUCUCUCUGCAAGAUUAUGCUGGGAGAUGAGGUUGCCUUGUUGGAGCAGAAGGAGCUUCUGAGUAACUGGUACCAUUUCCUAGUGACUCGGCUGCUGUACUCUCACCCCACAGUGAAACCUAUUGAUUUGCACUUUUAUGCCCAGUCCAGCCUGGACAUGUUUCUGGGAGGUGAGAGCAACCCAGAGCCCCUGGAUAACAUCUUGUUGGCAGCCUUCGAGUUUGACAUCCACCAAGUUAUCAAGGAAUGCAG